AGGCAACAUGUAAUAACAUUUGAAUAUCUUCUGGCUGGGGUACGUUUGUUUAGUCUAUUUCUAAUGGAGUGUAAAAACGUCCUAUUACUUUUCGUUUUUCAAAGUAUUACUGCUUUUUCAACUGAAGAAAAAUCCAGAUCAGCUUCUCAUUCAUCAUAUUUUGAAACGCACGGAAACAAGCAGCUUUUGGGAUAUGUUGUCAAAAGGUUUGAUUCUCCCAGUUUGUUAUCGUGCGGUCAUGAAUGUCUGCGAAAUUCGUGGUGUACCUCCACGAACUUCAGGUUAGGUUCUUCCAUGGAGGAAGACGAAGGGAUUUGUGAAUUGAACAGGCAUAACAUCUCUGUGAUUAACGACGACACCCACUUUGCUGAACAGGAGGGAAUAACUUUCUCAAUUCUACUAAAGGGAUGUCUUAUUGAAAUUUGCCUCAACGGUGGUUCUUGCUUGCCUAACGAGAACAAACAAACUUUUUCAUGCUUUUGCGAAAAACCUUGGACAGGAGACAGAUGUGAAAUUAAGUCAGCUGCCUUAUGGAACUCGUCUUGCAAGGGAAUCUAUAACAAGAAUUUGGGCAUACAAAACAAAGCCUAUUUAUUGCAAAUUGGUAAUCAGAGCAUUUGGGUGUACUGUCACAUGAAAGGGCUUGGCAGAUGCGAUGGAAAUGGUUGGACGCUGGUCAUGAAGAUGAAUGGCUCAAAGAGGACGUUCCAUUACGAUUCCAACCUGUGGAUCAACAAGGAUACCCUUAAUCUUGAAGGAGGGAAGUCUGGGUUCGACUUACAAGAGACCAAAUUACCGACUUAUUGGAACACACCAUUCACCAAAAUCUGUCUUGGUAUGAAGAUCGACGGUCACAUUAGGUACGUAGCCAUUGCGAGGCGGGCGAAGUCUCUCUACUCACUGAUCGCUGAUGGCGAAUACCGUGCAACCUCAUUGGGUCGUGACACGUGGAAGUGGCUGAUUGGUUCUAAGGUUUCAUUGCAGCCCAAUUGCAACAAAGAAGGAUUUAAUGUAAAACAAACGCCUGAAAACAGGGGUAACCUGAUUUGGCCCAAAGCAAGGAUUGGAAUUCUGAGUAACGGCCAAAAUAGCUGCGCUACCUGUGAUUCUAGAAUUGGGUUUGGUUCUGGAGGACGUGGCGACGAUAAUAACACAUGUGGCAACGAAGCUGCCAGAAACAACGGCGACACGAAUAUCAAAGCGAUGGGAUAUAUCUUGGUCCAAUGAAAUCAUAGUUCGUAUUGUUUACAGGAAGGUACUGUGCGUAUUUUUGGACAUGAGCGUGCACAACAUUCAAUAGCACUUCAAUCACUUUGAUCUAACAAACCGAUAUAACCUUCAUACCCAGUCAUCAUAUCUGAACACAAACAGCAACAAACGUACACGUUUAGGAAGCUCUCAAAACAUAAAUCAGAACACCGUUGUUCUCAGCUUAGAUUUAAGCCAGCAAAAAGGCAUUCACUGUUAGUGCUGCAGGAAAAAGCGUUUCUCCACCUGCGGGAAAAUUGAGACGAGUCCAAGAGAAGUCUGCCGGGGGUCUAGCACCUAGUUACCUAUAGCCUACUAACUCUACUAUUUGAAGAGGGAUUGGGAGGGCGACAGAAUUUUUAUUAAUACUCCUGGUUUUUAUACAGUUAAUUAUGGUCAUUUCCUUUGCGCAUGCUCAGUU